AUGGACCAAGCAAAAGAACUCCUCGAAAUGCCCCGCGAAUUCGCAAAAGACGGUCGUCAAUUCCUUACGCGCUGCUCAAAACGUACGGCGAUAUUCCCUAUACCCGUAUCCUCUCGCUGCGUUCACGUGCUAAUCAUAACACCUCUCGCAGCCGACAAGAGAGAAUUCCUGCGUAUCUCCCAAGCAGUAGGAAUGGGUUUCCUGAUCAUGGGUGUGAUUGGAUACAUCGUCAAACUGAGUGAGUAUAGAUCUUCGAGAGAAAAGCGGCAUGAAAUGGAGACUGAUUGAGAUUUCUAUGUAGUCCAUAUCCCCGUUAACAAUAUCCUGGUUGGUGGCGCAUGA